AACUAAACUACAUGACGAUGCAGACGACAGAGUGGUGUUUGUUUAUCAGGCCAUCAGAGCCGGCUCUCCAUGUGAAUCUGUUCUGGGACUCUUUGGUGCAAGUCUGGCUGUAGCCCACAGCUUCCACAGACCUCCUCUUUUGGAUGCGGUGUAGCAAAAUCCGGUAAGCCCCAGUAAUGGAGCUUCUCGAGUCCAGGCUGCCGCUGAGGAGAUGUGCCUUGGUGAUGCCAAGAUCCUCCAGCGCUGCCUUCACAGUCAGUUCAUCUGAGCUGAGGAUGUGGGUAGGCUCGACCAGGUGGUAGGGUGUUGGGCUACAAGCUAGGUCGGCCUUGGGGUAUUCAAUACCUUUCAUCCAGCUGCUGUCCUUGAUCCGUUCAAUAGUGAGGCGAUCCACAGGAACCGGCCUCAGGAGGCCCUGAAUGAUCUCCCUGCAUGAUCCAGUUACAUAGGGAGGAAUGGCAUAAGAGCCCUGCAGGAUACAACACCUGAGUCUGCCUGUGUUGGUAGCUUUGAAUGGCAUUGUGGCAGUCACCAUGAAGUAAAGUAAGAUACCCAGCGCCCACAUAUCUGCAUAUUGACCAACGUAACCUUUCUCUUUGAACAGCUCAGGGGCUGCAUAAGGUGGAGAGCCACAGAACGUGUGAAGGACAUCGCUGGGGCAGCAGGACGUGCUGAAACCAAAGUCACCCACUUUAAUGCAACAGGACCUGAGAAAACACAAGCUUGCUCUCCAGGUCUGAAAGGCGUCCCCUGGUGCUGAUACGGGAGAACAGCUCUCCUCCGCUGGCAUACUCCAUCACCAGGUAGAGCCUCUUGAACGUCUCCACCACCUCAUACAGGCGGACGAUGUUGGGAAUGUCAUGUUGCAAGCUGCUGAAGUCAGUAUGGAGAUGCCCUGACACCUGGAUGACCCAAACUGGAUUUACAUUGUGUGAUAUGUUGAGCGGACUGAAGUGUCUUCCAUGAAAUGAAUCUGGAAGUCUGCAGUUUCUAACUAAUAUAACAUUAACACUUAAUGAAAAAGUAAUUUAAACUAGGAGACAGAUUAGAGGAGGAUCUGAAACAUUCCUAUUAAUUAUAAUUCAGAUUAGGCAAGCCAACAUGACACACUUCUACUGGCAGGGUGUGCAGCAGUGCUUCAAAUGUUUUAUGAGCGAGAGAUGUAAGAGGUGUGGCCUUUUCUGGCCAGUUUAUCAUUACUUUGACACAUUUAUUGCAAUAACAAUAACGUAUUGCACCAGAAAGCACCCAGCAUCUCACCUUUGGUCAGGUCAUGUAUCCCCAAUCUAACCUGGGAGAAGUUUCCGCAGCCGAUCUCUCCUCUCAGCUCGUAAAGCCCCACCCGUCGUCCAAAUGUCAGAUCAUUCAUCACCCUCUCUGAAUGGGUCAGAUCAUGAAAGGCCUUUCCAAACGCAGUGAGCUGCAUCACCUCCUUCUCCUCUGUCACGCUCUCCUUGGUCUCCAUGUUUUUCCCCAUUUUUGGGGACUUCAGGGUGACUUCAGGGGUUUUGAAGUGAGCCCCUGAGAAGGAGAACAUAAUGGAGGGAUGCAACAGAGAAGUUUGUUAAGUUAUUUACUUUAUUGCUUUCACUAACUCUAGCUCAAUAACAGAAUCCUGCAGUUACAUCUUUAGAAGUUAGAUUAUUGUACUCACAUUUUUUCACUUUGAUGUUCUUCUUACUCCUCUCUGUGUUGAUGGCAUUGUGUCUGCUGUUCAAAUACAUGAUUUCUAUCCAGCGAACAGGAUGUUUCUUUCUUUUCUUUUGGAAUCCGACAACAAAAAAGUGGUAAAAUUACAGAGAAAACAAGCGUCCACAAAACAGAGACUGAAGGGAAAGAGUUAUGAUUUUAAAUGAUGUGAGCAACAUGAUGUUUCUCAGAUAUCCAACUGCCUGUCCAGGUGCUAUCAUAGGACCACUGCUGUCUUCCUAUGCUGCAGUAUAAUCCAGAAGUACUGCAUGAUGACGAUAAUCCCAGAGUAUUGGACUCCUCCCACUAAACCCCAGACAUGAACAAAUGCCUGAUGCAAGUGCUUCAACAGGACACUGAAGGGAUUAUCUCCCCAGUAGUGAUGCAUCAUUACUGUUAGGGGUCAUGGGCGUGAGGAAAGGUUAUAACUGCAGUUAAAGUUUCCUGAGGUCUGAACAUUUAAUAAGACUUACUGUUAAUUACUUUUUACAUUAUAGUUCAAGUAUUAAUUUUCUUAGUAAGAGGUGCAAAUAACAAUUCAACCAUUUUCCACUAAAUCCAAACAAAAGAAUGCAGCUUCACCCUCACAAGCUCAAGCGAGGAAGUGAACACAGAGAGCGUGUACGUGUGGGCUACACAGUUACACAGUGAACCAGACACUGACCAUGACACCAGACGGACACGAGGACUGCACUCGUCACUACCGUCAACCUCUGCUACCCGGACAGCGCACAUUCAUCAUGCAUAAGCUGCAUGUCCACGUCCCGAGCAACUCAGUGUAAUCCAGUGAUCAUCUCGGCACGUGCAAAUGUUGGGAAAGCGUUGGGGAAAGGUUGACUGGAGAGGGGAGAGAGAGGCUGCAUUCAAACAGGUGUUUGUGGAAAAGGGGGCAUUUUUUAAAAUGCUUUUUUUGAUGGUGGUAGAGAGAGAGAGAUUGACCACCGUGCAAUGUAUAAUGUGUGCAAUUGAUAAAGAGGAGUGAGAGGUGAGAACGCAUGAAAAAAAUGCAUUUAAGUAAAAAGAAUUAAAGUUAAUUAAUUGCACGUGUUUCCAUUUCCAUUUAUCAAGUCCUUCUUUUGGAUCUCUAUAAUUGUAUGACUUUAGAAGAUUUAAUUUAAUGUGUGGUUGUAAUAUCAAACUUGUUAACCUUUGACCCCUGAUAUCAUUUGUGAGUUUAAUUCCAAUUUUACAAAACAAACCACACAGUUAUAAAUUAUUUAAAUAACAUUACACUUUUGUGGACCCCCCCCCCCCCCCCCCCAUCCCCUCUCGCACUUAAUUGCCCCUUAAGUUUAAAAAACAAAUGUGGUCAUCUUUAUAGAGUUUCAUAGUUUUUUGACAACGUAUCAUAUGAUCUGCAUAAUUAAAUCAAGUCAUUACUAUGACUUCAUCUGGGUUUUUACCAGGAUUAUGAUUCAUUUCAAUAACAUUUGUUUUGAUUCAAUGAAAGGAAUCCACAAUUGAAACUGUUGAAGGCGUCACCUUAAUCAAGCGGUCUGAGUGCUGAUGGCUAUCUGAACGAUGAUCUGUUGAUCCCGGGGAAAAUGAGGGGAUCAUAUCAACACUUCAAAGAAGGACUAACACCUUAUUACGAUAUGAAUGUUGAAUCAGUAAAAUGCCAACAAUAUAAAUAGUUAAAUGUCUGAAAAAGGAACAAAACAGGGUAUUCAGGUUGCCUUUUAAUUGAUUGAUUUGAGGUUUAUUCUCUGUAUCCUGUGUUGUUAUAUAAAUGUUAUACUGUAUAUAAACAGAGGUUGACAAAAUCUAUAUUAUUCUAAUACCUAAUCUUGCCUCUUUCCUCUAAAGACAAAAAGAAGCUGAGAUUUGAAGGGCAGCUCUGAGAGGUCUGGCCAUUUGGUGUCAUGUUGAAUAAACACAAAGGUGCUGGAGCUUUCUGAAGGGGAGGCUCAGGCCCCCACGCUGAUCCUGUUUAUGUGUUUGAGCCAGGUUUUGUUUUAAGUCGGAGGUGCUAAACACCUUCCCCCUGAGAUAAAAGAUGAUUAAUGCCUUUGAAUGAGCGACGCUUUAAUGGCUCGAGGCUACUUAAACACUUCAUUAGGGUGAGCUCGGGCCGGUCGACACACUCGAGCCACUGGGUCCCUCGCAGCAGAAACAGAAAAGCUGUAGAGAUUUCCUUUGAAGUGCAGGCCCCUGCUUGUAAGAACUCCAUCCCACAAAGCAUUCGGCAUGGAAAUUUGAUUUCUUGACCCCACACCACUUUGAGAGCUGGUUUUCAGGUGACAUUUGGGGCUGAAGCUUGAUCCCAUAUAAAUAUCAGAGGCAUCAGUGAGCAGAGGGACACUCAGCAUCUGGCAGCUGAGGAGCAGAUUCGGACUAAAGCCAUGGAUGUACCCAGGUCAUUUCUUCUGCUCCUGUGUGCCCUCCACCUGACCUGGUCUGGCGUGUUGAGCAAACACAUAGAUCACAUAAACCUGUUCACACAGAGGCUGUGCUGCAAAAGACAGAGUCACUUUGUCUACAUUGGACAAGACAUCUCUGGGAGUCCUGUCAGUGUUGAUGUGGGAUUGUGCAGGUCGCACUGUGGGGGAGCAUCCAGGCCAUCACAUGAAGCAGGACAAGCAGGAAUCUCCAAACAUUCCUCAAUGCUGGAAUUUCUCAGGAGCAAGAAAAUGAGAACGCGCGGACCUGCAGCUCCAGAGAGCCCGGAGCCGCUGAGGCAGCUGCCGUCCUGCGGGAUGAACCAGGUGUGUCAGCCGACCGGGAUGCGUGUGGACCGGGUGCUUCUGUUAGAGGGACCCCGGGAAGUAGAGGUCAUCGAGGAGUGCCAGUGUGAUAUCAAGCUCACCAAGUGCAUCCGGGUCCCCGCGCUGAGGACUUACUACACCGAGACACCGUAUGAGACAGUCCUGGACCUGGGAGGAUGCUCCCGAUCCAAGGGAUCACCAGAGGGAUUCUCCUGUGUCCCCACUAAGUUUGACUCAGCGUUCGUGGAGACCCCCAACAAAGUGGAGCUCAUCCAGACAGUGGCGACCUGCGAGCUGAAGGAAAGCUGCUACCGGGUCCCAUAUGUGGAGUAUUACUAUGAAAUAGUCCACCAUGCAGAUGGAGUCAAAGAGGAGAGGCUCAAAGAAAUAGACGUUGGCAGAUGUUUGGGAGGCUGCACUACAGGAAACCGAUGCCUUCUCAGGAAUCAAUCGGAUCCAGCAACCUGCCACUUAUGGGCUGAAAGACAGUCCAACUCAUGUGUUCCUCUGGGCUACGAGAGCCACAGCUUCCUCAACCAGCAUGGGCAGAUACGCACCAUCCUCUCCAUCACUUCCUGCCUUUGCCAAAAGCAUGGCCAAAACUGAACACUGCGCCCCCUACUGGAAAACAACUUCCAAUCUCUUCUCAGGAGUUGUUAGUUUUAAUUCACAGUCCAUUAAUGACCCCACCAAACACUAUGACAUCUGCUAAAGAAUUUGCUACCCUAAAGUAUUAUUGUACUAUAUGUAAUAUAUGUAAAAAUGAUGAUUUUGUAAAUAAAUUUA